CUCCUUCCUACUGGUUGCCAUUGUUGACAUGGUUGAUAUAGUCCGCAUUCUUUCAACGCCGGGUUAAUUCUUCGCAAGGGUUUCGAGAAAAGAGUCUUCGUCUUAAUUUGCGGAAUUUACGACGUCACGACUCACGAGGACAGGAACGCGAAAACUGCUCCCGGUGUCGAUGGACGGACGGAUCGUUCGCAAUUGGCUCCGAGCAGCUUACGUCCACUCUACUCUCUCUCUCCGCUCGUCGACGAUGACGGCGAAGGGCAGAUUCCGUGCAAAGCUCCGUCUCCUUCCGUGCCGUGCCGUGACGUGACGUCGCCUUUCGGUCAGCGUUUUGGCGUCUAGUGCGUGAGCCUCGAUGGCGCGGGUGGCUGGCGAAGACGCAACAGAUCUCGGGCGAUGAUUUCUGCCACGGAAGCUCCGAAGCUCGUCGCCUCGCGAAUUCUUCGAAGGAAUUGCGUCGAGGCGGACUGCUCGAUGCUCGAGCUCUGAGCCCGCUGUCGUCUGUCAUGAUAUUCGGAUUGCUGCCAUGACGGCCUGACCUGCCGGACUUCCGCAGUUGCGCUAUUUCUCUUGCUCUCGCGGAAUCGAAGGAUUCGACGUUCUCGUUUGCCCCUCGGAGAAUUUUGGAUAGCUCGUAAGAAGUCAUGGAGCCGAAGUCUGUAUUUCUGCCCGAUAUUUUGGAGGGAAAAGUAGCAUUGCUCACGGGUGGAGGAUCGGGCAUAGGGCUGUGUAUCGCCACUUACUUCGGUAGACAUGGAGCGAAGGUGGUUCUCAUGGGCCGGCGUAAGCAGGUGGUUGACGAAGCUGCGAAGUCCUUGGGAACCGAAGGCAUUCAGGCAAUUGGUGUUGCGGGAGAUGUGAGAAAGAAGGAGGACUGCAUGAACGCUGUGCAGAAGACGGUGGAUGAGUUUGGAAGGUUAGAUAUUCUUGUGAAUGGAGCUGCAGGAAAUUUUCUAUCUGCUGCAGAAGAUCUCUCUCCGAACGCUUUCAAAACCGUGAUGGAGAUUGACGCUCUUGGAACCUACACCAUGUCGUAUGCGGCUUUGCACUACUUGAAGAAAGGAGGUCAAGGCAAGCAACCCCAGGAGGGUGGAGUUAUCAUCAACAUCAGUGCCACCUUGCACUACUCGGCACAGUGGUAUCAACUUCACGUAUCUGCAGCCAAGGCCGCUAUCGACAGCAUGACUCGGUCGUUAGCCCUCGAGUGGGGUACAGAUUUUGGCAUACGAGUGAACGGAAUUGCUCCGGGUCCAAUCAAAGAUACUCCAGGAGUAGAAAAACUCGUUGUUAACAUGGAUGGGACCGUUACUCGGGACAUUUUUUUGGGAGACAAGUCGGACAUUGCACAGACUGCACUGUUUUUCUGCUCGGAAGGAGGAAAGUACAUCAAUGGCGCCACUCUUCCUGUGGAUGGUGGGAACUGGAUAAAAUCGACGAGAUAUUACUCGACCGAAGCAGUGAGAACAUUUUCCAGGGAGUACGAAAAAAGACGGAAAGCUGCGCUGGCAGCAAGCAGCAAGCUUUGAUGUCGUACUUUGAAAGAAAGGAUCGAAGAUCUGAUUGACGGAAUCUAUCUCGAAAGUCUCCUGGACAUCUUGUGGCAAUGAGGUCAGGAAGCAAGUGAGGAAGCAACGGGUGAGGAAGUUGCACUGAAUAAGCAGCCCAGUUCUUGCUUGCGAAGCCCUUUCCAGCAGAUAAUUGUCUGUGUUGAAGGUCAUUGCCAGCAAAAACUAGCUGCAGACUGCAUCGACGAGAUCAUAAGCUCUGCAGAGGUCUGUUGCUCAAGGUGAUUCUCCCUAGCUAUCAAUAAUACAACAAGGUUGGACCGUCCAUUCUCGCCUUAUCGCAUCAUCAGCAAGGAUUUGCACGAUGCAAAUAGAGUUAAUUUGCACGAACAUUUUGAUAUCCAACGAGUUUGGACCUGUACGCCAGCAUCUGAGUAAUUAAGUCAUCAUGUAGAGGACUUUCUCUCCAUGAGGGGAAACAUCAUCGCCUUCUGGGAAUGAAAACCAGACAGUCGCUUCAUCGCAACUCCAGCCAUGUUUAUAUGAUGCAUAGGGUGUACUUGGAAACCAACUAAGGAUUAGAGACAUAUCCCAGCUCCAAAGCAAAAUCACGAAAAAAUACUACUUCCACCAAUCUCGGGAUCCAGUGCAGCGCAAUACAGCAAUUCUUUCAUUCCCAUCAUCUAUUUGUUUCUAAGU